AUGUACAUAUCUGCUACCUCAAUCUAUCGAAGCCAUUCCCCUUUGUCUUUGACAGAAGAACAGAAAUGCACUGCAGUUAACGUUUUGAAGUGUACAACACGUCAAAAAGAAAGAUCUCGUGCAGAAAAUGCUGCUUUGAAUCUGUUGAAAUUAGUCGUCAUUACGAAGAGUUUUCAACUUUAA